AGUAUGUUGCCCCAUGGAGAGAAUUUAUUGUAAUGAUGCAUUUAACUGUUAUACAGGUAUUCUAUUUUCUUUUUUCUUUCUACCAUGGAAUUGGUGCUACUCACUUUAGAGGAGGAACAAUUAGUUGGAAACCUAUUGGCAAUGGAACCGAGGUUGAGUUUUCAUUCAAACUUGGAUGGGCAUAUAACAGAGGUCCGGGAUGUACUGCUGAUAGAAUUGGCCAGUUUAUCGACGAGGUCAUUCCUUAUUAUUGGAAAUGUACCACUGGAUGUUCUACACCCCGAAAUAUCGCCAACACCAGUUAUAUAUGUACAGGAGCUAGUGAGUCUGAGAAUUGGGAGCAAGGAGAGAACACAUUCACAUAUACUUUUCCAGGAACUGGCCCAUACACAGUUGAAUUUACGGGAAGUGACUGGAUGAAUCUGAGCUAUGGUUCGCCAGGGAAAUGGUCUAUUGGCACUGUUGUUAAUCUUGCAACAAGAAAUGACACAAACAAACCUAAUUUAAGCCCAAUCACGACUGGCAAGCCUAUAUAUGUUGCUCAGUAUGGAUGUGACAAUGAAAUCAGUAUUCCUGUUGUGGAUCCUGACGGUGAUGAUGUUAGAUGCCGAUGGGCCAAUGGUACCGAGUGUAUGUCAAUUUGUAAGGGAUUACCUUAUGCCACUAUUGAUUAUGACAAUUGUACGAUAAGUUUCAUGGCAAACCACACCUCAAACGGAACUUUUGCAGUUGCAAUAACAGUUGAGGAUUAUCCAAAGUCUGAUAUUUCUAUUGAUGGAAGUAUUCAUUUAACAACUAGUCCUUUAUCAACAAUAACAUUACAAUUUAUUGUGGAGACACCAGUUCUACCUGCUGUCAACUGUACGGAUAAACCACGGUUCGUAAGACCCACUCUAGCAGAAGGAACCAUACUUCACACGGAUAUUUUUAAAAGUGUAAACAUCUCCUUUUUUGCGUCUGGAAACAGUGGAAUAUCAAAUAUUGACUUGACUGUCCCAGCAGGAAUGGAGUACACAUCUCUUAGGUCUAAUGUAUACACUAGUUACUCAUAUGUCCAUUCAUUGUGGAUACCAGGACAAAACCAAGUAGGAUUCCAUCUUGUCUGUGCUAUUGCAAAAGAUCCUUUAGGAAAAACAAGCAAGCCAAGAUGCAUUACUGUAGUUGUCAAUGAUGUUAGUCCAUGUAAUAUCAGUCCUUGUGAGCAUGGAGGGACAUGUUUAAGGCAAGAUAUAACGCAUAAUUACGUAUGUACCUGUCUACCUGGGUACACUGGAAAUUAUUGUGAUACAGAUAUAGACGAGUGUGCUGCUCAUUCCUGCUCACUAUUGUUUGAAUGUGAAGAUCAUAUAAAUGGAUUUUCCUGCAAACUGGUGGUAUGGAAGCUGAUAGUUAUCGUGUUAGCCGUGUUGAUAAUACUUGGGGGUUUUACCGUUUUACUCUGUCUCCUAAAGAGGAAACGCCAGAAGAUCACUGCUGGUGAUCAUCCAGAAGAACAGUAA